CCACAAUUUUUUUCUGUCUUCUUUGAUCGAGCUAAAACCCUGAUUCUACCGAUAGGACAAGAAUGAGUACGAGUACACUGGUAAAGGGGUACGAGUUGCAUGGGUGGCAGCCGAGCAAAAGUCUUUGCAAAGACGAAAAUUUUAUGGAUUUGUGCAUGAUCAUCACCAGAAGCUCGAAACUGAAACAGGGAAGCAUGGCAUGCAUACUCGUGAAAGAAGCCACCACUCAGAGAGAAGAACCAAUGCCAGCAACAGCAGCAACCGAGACAGAAUUGGCAGGUGACAUGUGCGGCGCCAUUAUCAGCGUCGCUAACAAUCGGCCUCUUUUCAGUGAGACUACUUCGGAUGUUCAUGCCGAAAUUGCUGCCCUUGGCGAGGCAUCUCGGAAUGGCGUGUCGACGGAAAAUGCAACUGCCUACAUUACGAUGCCUCCGUGCAAGAACUGUUUCGGGGCAUUGACAGUAGCUGGAAUCCGCAAAAUUGUGACAAGAUACGGCCCCAAUCAGAAAAUCCAAGAGGCAGCAUCCAAGAACAACAUUGAAUGGAUCACGAUUUCCAAUCACGCAGAAAUGAUGGCCAGAGUGAACGCCAUAGUUUGCCCCGGUUCUGACGGAAAGAAGAGGAAGAGGGAUCAUCAUUCCGACAAMGAAUCUGUUGACGAGACUGRUGCYAAAAAUAGAAAAAGCGAUUGUACUAGCAGCUUGACUAAAUGUUAGAAYGACGAUUGAAUGUUGCUUGCAAUUCGUCGAUGAAAAAAGCGGCAAGAGACAAACAUUUCCUUCUAGUGCCGACUCGCAUUUCGACACCAAGCCUUGGGGAUCACAAAGGAUCUUGGGUCCUUGAUUUUUCCUACAAGUUUUGCAAAAAGUGAAUCUGGUACGAUGUGGUGCAGAGCAAUCACAAUUUCACGCGUGAUGAAUCCUUCUCUGACGCAGUGAAUGAAUUCUUCUUCGACGAGCGCGAUAAAUGAAGAUUCAGGAGAAAGAUCCCUCGGAAGUUUCUCUUUCAUGACCUGAAAAAGGUAGGAGUAUGUUAUCUGGUCAGAAGUAAUUCCUUGCACGUUGCGCAGCUCGUUCAUUGUUACUUGAGCCGUGUGCAAUGAUUCGUCGAUAUAUUCUGGCGACGAGUUGUGGUGACACACCGAAAGGACCGCGUUGAAGACAGCAAUUCCAGRUUUUCUGUUGGUUUCAUCUUGAUCACCCUCAAUUGAUGAAAUGAAGCGAUGCAAUAAGUUGGCAACCCUUUUCAUUUUAUUUUGUUCAUCGCUACGACCCCAAGCAAUAAUACAUGUAACGUAACUAAUGAAAUCUGGUGUUAGCGAUGGCAUAGCAUCCAUUUCAGACAGCAAAUCGUCUGCUUUAGCAGCGGCAUCUGGAAUGUGGCUUGUGCUCCUAGAGAGGAUUUUCAAGAUGAUGUUGAACGUCAAGUUCGACGGAAGGAUAGUAGRGUCGGUUUCGUGGUACUCAAACAUUCUCCUCAAUACAUCGGUUGCUCUCUUCACAGCAUCUGGUCUAUUCAAAGCGGCAAUAGCAUUCAAUCCGCAAUUAAAUGUCCUUGUAUCUAGAUGUACAUGCCCAUAACUAUAUUCUUGUUCUAACUUCAAAAAGUAGAGAACCGAGUUGAUGGCCGCUGCCUCUGUAAGGGCCGUCAGUAUGGAAUUGUAUACUUCAGUUGUAGGAUCUAUUCCAUUUGCUCGCAUUCGUUCCAUAACCAGGAGGAUCUCAUCUCCACAUUCCUGCUUUUCUAUUCCACUACUAUGCUGCGCUACCUUUUCCCAAGCUUUGAUCAGUAUUGUAUACGGAAUGACAGACAUUGGUAUCUUUUCGCUGUUACCCGAAAUAUGCUCCAUGAGAUCUAAUAUUCCAACCACGCGCUGUGUUGCCUCCUUUACUUGCUUGCGCUUGUUGCCAWGAUUGCUGCUGCUGUUGACCCAUGUAUUCAUAACAGCUGUGAAUGCUUCCUCUGUUGGUUCGAUUGGACUGCCGCCCUCGCUCAAAGUCACAAUUCUUCGCAAAAUAUUUUCGGCCCGAAUAGGGGCAUCCCUAUGUUUCGAACGUGCCCAAGCGUUAAUGCAUAUAUUGUAAGUGGUCUCGUUUGGCAUUGUGUCAAAGCCUUUGGUUUCGCUUAUUUCUUGCAUCCACUCGAGCGUUUUCUCUGCCUUGAAACCUGCAUCCUUUCCACCAGCCAUUGCGUAGGCAUGGAGCAAUCCAUUGAAACAACUCGUGUUGGGAGGGGGGGUGACAAAAAUUUUCUUCGUUUUCGUCGCCUUCGUUGAUGAAAUUGGAAAACCAAUCUUCGAUUCCUCUUGUGCCGACAUCAUCCACUCCACGACGGACAAAGCUUUAUCUGGUUGAAAAGUCUUUGCGUAUCCAUUUAUGAUCGUGAUAAAACUAGAAACCAAAGCUGCCUGCGAGGAUUUUUCUUCCAGCCUUUUGCACAAUAUUUCGUGGGCAUCUCUGGGCUUGAGUUGAUUGCAAAGCAACAUAAUUAAGGAAUCAUCGAUGUACGGAUUUGACUCUACUGGAACCAGAGGAUCGCGUUGGAGUUCUCCCAGACGUUCGAUGAGUCGAUGCAGUUGCCGGGCCUUUCGAUGACUCAAUUUCCUUCUCCGUUUAUUUGCAUCCUUAACAAUGAAACGGAUAUAAAAGCUACAAACAUCG